GAAUUCACAGUGAACAGCGCAAGCACACCACGAGAUGAACAGCAGGAUGUUCCGAGUCAUGCAGCUGCAGAAACAACGGCUGCAGGCACAGCGCCACCUUCGCCACCCUUUGACAAGCAAGCCGUCCAGGAUUUCACGGUGAACAGCGCAAGCACACCACGAGAUGAACAGCAGACAGAUGGAGCAAGGCUAGGCCAGAAGGGCGAGGUUGAUCCUCCAACCAGACCAGCCUCGAGCUCCCUGGUGGGAGGGGAGACGGAGAAGCCUGCCCUUCCCUCGCCUCGCGCGGCAGAGACUCCCUUGGAGCCCCGGAGCGAUCAGCACGAGGCUCGCGAUGCACAUCAGGCUCCCCCGGCGCAGCAGGGCGCCACGUCGGACGGCCAGCGGCCGGCCUCUUCGCCUGGUGAAGUCGAGCAGGCGGCAGAGCCUGUUUCGGAGUCGGAGCUCCCGGCGCGCUUGGGAAAGACUCCGGCGCUCACGGUGGAGUCCUUAAGCCUUGCUUACACGCGGCUCCAUGCGCGGAAGGCCUCGCCAAAGAAGCGAGUCAAAGAGCGUGACUUUGCGAAAGCAGCUGCUCCGCCCACUCUCUCAGCGUCGAAGAACCCAAAGCUCGAGAUUUCCAUGGCAGCGAGUCGCAUCCAAGCCAUGUACCGUCGGCGACGAGAGCGGCUGCUGCCGAAGCCAGAACUCGCGAAGCUCAGAAGCGUGGAGCAGUUGCACGCAGUGGUCCGCAUCCAGGCAGCAUUCCGAGGACGGCGCGAGAGGCGAGCCUUGAAGGUCGUGAGAGACGCGAGAGCUAUGCGAAUCGCGGCAACCGCACGCCUCCGUGUGAAAGUCCACAAGCUACAUCCACAUGACAGCUCCUCGGCCUCGGCUUCGCCAACUCGCGACCAAGCCCAGUCCUUCCUACCAGCAGCAGAAGCACCAAGCUCAGGCCUUUCUUCCGCCAACGCACCUGCGGCCACGAAUGAGAUUCGAGGUGCAUGCCGCACUUGGCUGGCACGAAGAAUCCUUCUCUCGCUGCAGCUGCAGCAAAAGAGGGUGCAAGCUUCAGUCAUCAAGAUCCAAGCAGGGAUCAGAAUGCGACUCGCCCAGAAGUUGCGAAACGAGAAGGCCAAGCUGCGUGUCUCCUCGAUUGCCAGCCUUCGCAUGAGGGCAGUCCGUAUCCACAAGCUGCACGAAGGGCGCGAAACAGCUGGUAGCUCCCGCAGCCGCUCUGCAAGUCCCAAAGGUUUCUUCGACUCGCCGACUAAGGAAAGAGAGCCCGGGACAGAGCCGCAGGUGCUGUCAGCUCAGGAAGAUGCCGAGGCAGAUGUGGCCUCUCGGCAUCGAGCAGCCUCGCGAAUCCAGGCCUCACAGCGAGGCCGGCUGGCACGCAGGGAGCUCGCCAAGGAGAGAAGCGAGAGAAGGAUGGACAUAGCCUCGAUCGGUGCGCUGCGGGUGAAAGUUUACAAUCUUCACGGCCGAUUAUCGACAAGCAAGAAAGCAGACGACGGCGACGGCAGUGACGGCAGCUUUUUUGGCAUGUUUGCCGACACAGCCGGCGCCACUCCCCCGAGCUUGAGCUCGGUGACGGAGCGGGAUGCAGCUGUGAGGAUCCAAGCUUGCUACCGAGGCCGGCAGGGACGUCGACUUGCGAAGCAAAAGUCAGUCACCGCAGUCGCCAACGCGGCGCCAACCGCCUUGGAAAGCGUUCGUCGGUCUUUGGUGGCUGCUGGCUUCGCAGUGGUCGGGGAGGCGAACGCAGAAAUUGGGCGUUUGCUGCACCGCGCUAGCCUCGGCUUAGAGGAGGCAGCUGCUUUGGGUGAUCGGGCUGCGCAGAGGGCUUCCAUCGCUCUGGGGGAGACCUUGCUGCACAUGGUGGUGGAUGCCAGCACGCCUCCCAUUUCACCUAUGCCCGGAUCAGAUGCCGGGUCAAAUCUGGGCUCAGAUGCAGGCUCAGACGCAGCUUCAACAAUCUCCCCGACAAAGGAAGUGCUGGAGCUUUCCAGGUCCAUGGAAAAGUCCUGUGUGCGCCUCGAGGCUUGGCUACAGAAACGAAAGCACUCGGGGAACCGGGCUGAGGAAACGCCGGCUCUUGGGACAGGCAUCUCACCUUUGGUGCAGAGGAGGCGACAGCUCCGAGAGCUCUCAGAGGAGACACUCAAGAGCAAGAGCAGGGACUCGGACAUUCCUUGCGCAGAGGACGACGAUAUCAAGAAGUUGCUACAAGACUUAGACAGCGCAAGCAUCAGGAAGCUUGCCGAGGAGCAGGAUAAGAAGCUGGAGCUUCUUCAACUGGCCCCAUGCUUUCUUGGGAAGUGCUCGAAGUGUCGUUCGGAAGUGGGCGAUUCCGAUUUCGGCUCCGUGAGCUCGGAGCUGGAGUUCAGCCUUUGGGGCCUCUGCCCAUUGUGCCAAGCAGAGCUCUUCGACGUACCCAGAGGAGGGUCCAGCCCCAGAGGGGACUAUGUCUUAGUCGGAGGACCAGGCGGGCCUUUCGAAGCUUUGUCGCCCUUUCAUCCGAUGCCCCUUGCUUACCCACAGCCCGAAGAGCUUUGGGCUUCACCCUACCACCUCUUCAUUGCCCAGCAUUUCCUGGACCGACGCUGCCGUGAGCUGGUUCGAAAGGCCACACCGACUGCAGCCAACCUGCGGUCCCUGAUCUCGCAGGACCCACUGCGAACUGCAGUUCGGGAUGAUUGGCAUCUCGGCUCACGUUGGGUGCAGGCAUUCGUGGCCGCGAUGGAGAGGGGUGCUUUGCCUUGCCUCUCAAUGCCCACAGAAUGCAACAGAAAAGAUGCAAAUACAUGUGGGCGUCUACGUGUGUUGUACGUGUAUAUAUGA